GCAUAAAUGUAUUUUUUUAUAGAAAAGUGUGUUAGUAGAUUCGAAAAGCUGCGUAGUUCUGUCUCCAACCUCAAACUAUUUGAUUUCCAAAAUGGAUCAAGUUCAAAUUGAACCCCUAAAUGACGAUUUCUCGCCCUUAUUUCCGUUAGCUUAUUAUGCUGAUGUGCUGGAUUGUCAUUCUCAAAUGGUCGUCAUGACUUUAUGGAUUGGAUGUUUACUUUUGAAUGAAAAUUGGCCAUUUUAUUCGUUACGCCUUGUCCCGGCUUGUUUAAUAACAUCAAUUGCUUAUGUGAUAAGUUUUUUGAUAAAAAAAUUAGACUUGCGCCAAUACCAAAAUAUGCGAAUCUCAAGCGGAGUUCUUAUCGUUGGAAUUUCACUUUUGUUAACUUGGGAGCCCAUAGCGGAAUUGGUCACAGAUUUAUGUUUUUAUAUCCUGGACGAUGAACCGGCAAGCAAUGCAGAAAAUGAAAGUUUAUCACAACAAGAAGAAAUAUUAGAAGAACAGCAACUACCAAGAGCGGAAGGGCGUUCAAAUGCAGAAGAAGCAACUGCAUACUUUGAAGAAACAAUACAACUUCAACAAACGCAACAAGGGCACCAGGCAGAGAUCUUUGCUUCAACAUUUGCAGCACAAUCAACUGCAGUGUCGGAAGAAACAAUACAAUUUUCUGAAAGCCCACAAGUGCAAAGAGAAUGGGUCCACACUUCGACAUUUGCAAAGCAAGGGGAUUCAACAAUAAUUAAAAAAACAUUAACAGUGGAUCAAUCAAUGGCAUCUACUGGAAGCAAAAUUCGCUCCCGAAAGCAUAGGAGUGGCACAAACUCAAAAACAGUACAAUGCGAUUCACCUACUAUUCACCUACCAUCGUCAUCCAUGAAACAAGACAUGUCGAUCUCGAACGUUUCAUCUCUGAACCUAGAUACGUUGUAUGCAGAAAGAGGAGCUUCACAUGGUGAACUAAACACGUCUUUACUAAAACAACAGACGUCAAGUAUGCAGAAGCAACAAAAAUCGCCCGUAGUAGAAGAAAUAAUACGUGAAGUUCAAAAUUUGGAGGCCGAAAGCACAGAACAACCCACUUUGGAAUCGCCUAUCAAGCCACUGAAGAAGGUUCCAGAAUAGAUCAACACAAAAACCUCCAGAAAACAAUUAAUUUAAUUAAAUCACAAUGACCAUCCGUUCACCAAGUGGCUCAUCGAAAAAGCGCCAAAUAUAUUUUUUAAACUCAGAGGUAUAUAAAGACUUAGAUAUAAUAAUUUAUUAAAUUAAUAUCAAUCUCAGAGCUGGACAGUUUUCCUUUUUGUGACGCAUUCAAGUGGAAAUGGUCGCAAUCAAGUCUGAAAACCGACCAAAAAAGUUUUAAUGUACUUAUACGGUAGGCAGAAUGCAAAAAGUGAACUUAUUCGAAUACUAGAGAAUUAAAUUUACUUUAUCUUGUGUUUGUAGUUAAGUUAUACUAACGUUACAUGUGUUUUAAUGGACAACAAUACUUAGAAUCGAGUUUCUACAGUAUAUGUAUCUGUAUUUUAUAAACAAGUCGCUGCCUAUUUUACAUAUUUUUGUAUUUAACUAUUUUAAGUUGAUAUAAUAAAUUUUAUUUACUUUUGCAAAAUAUAUAUACUUAUUGAGGGCUGGUUUGUCACAAGGCAAUUAAUGUUGCUUUUUGACAAAAGGUGUUAGUGGAACUCAGAAUUUAAUGAAAGUUGGUGUAUUAAUAUUUCAAAUAAAAUUUAUUCCUGGGUCAUUUAUUGUCAAGUCUUUAAGCAAGAAGCAACAACGCUACACAUAAAAA